GCGUCGCCUUCUGCUGUCUCGUCCUUCUCCAAUCUCCGUGUUGUUGUUCCCGGUGACGCGGCGGAGGUGUAGCCUGACGCGGGCUCUUACGUGUCGGCCAGAAUAAAAGUGGAGCUCCGGAGGCCCGGGAGUGACGAAGGGAGUCCGUACCGCCCGGCCGAUAGAGAUGGAAUCCGUGGAGGUUCAGCAGGGGGCAGAGACUGCCGUGAGCGAGACGGAGACCCAGCACAUCACACAGGCACAGAUUGCUACUUUGGCGCAGGUAACCAUGACAACAGGCCACGUCUCGGCAACCGGCCCCACGGUGACGCUGGUUCAGCUUCCCAAUGGGCAGACGGUUCAGGUCCACGGCGUGAUCCAGGCCGCACAGCCGUCCGUCAUCCAGUCCCCGCAGAUCCAGACCGUGCAGAUCUCCAGCCUAGCAGAAAGUGAGGAUUCACAGGAGUCCGUAGACAGUGUCACUGACUCCCAGAAGCGCAGAGAGAUUCUGUCACGACGCCCCUCAUACAGGAAGAUCCUCAACGACCUCUCGUCCGACGCGCCGGGCGUCCCCCGCAUCGAGGAGGAGAGGGCCGAGGAGGAUUCGUCCGCUGUGGCCGCCACACACUCAAUCACCACCGUCACCGUGCCCACGCCCAUCUACCAGACCAGCAGCGGCCAAUACAUCGCCAUCACACAGGGUGGAGCCAUUCAGCUGGCCAACAACGGCACGGACGGAGUCCAGGGCCUCCAGACUCUGACCAUGACCAACGCGGGAGCAACCGCCCAGCCCGGAGCCACCAUCCUGCAGUACGCGCAGACCAGCGACGGCCAGCAGAUACUGGUCCCCAGUAACCAGGUGGUGGUCCAAGCCGCCUCCGGUGACGUCCAGGCUUACCAGAUCCGAGCGGCCCCCGCUAGCACCCUCGCCCCGGGGGUGGUCAUGGCCUCCUCCCCAGCCCUGCCCACCCAGGGCGCCACCGUGGAGGUGACCCGCAAACGGGAAGUCCGCCUCAUGAAGAACAGAGAGGCGGCGCGGGAAUGUCGCAGGAAGAAGAAGGAGUACGUCAAGUGUCUGGAGAACCGCGUGGCCGUCCUGGAGAACCAAAACAAGACACUAAUUGAAGAGCUGAAAGCCCUCAAAGACCUUUACUGCCAUAAAUCCGAGUAGUUUGUGGAGCCGAAACGCCAAUACCGGCCGAGUGGCGUUUCAUUUCUCUUCAAAGACUGCCGGCCUUCUACUUUGCACACGGCUGCUAACAAGUUAGUGGAACACUGUGCCCUUCGCUGCCGUCGUCGAGAUACCCGGCUGGAUAACGGUCCACUGCAGAGUCCAAUGCACGAGGUCCUGUCCUUUAAAAAAAAAAAAACUAAAUGGUGGACUUGCUCAUAUUCGACGGCCUCCUUGGACUGUAUUAAAGCAAUAACACUCGACAAGCUGCCCUUAAAGCAUCACCGUUGUUGCUAUGGUUACCUGGAGCUCCUACGUAGAACAGUUAGUUAAAAUGUAAAUGGGUAUUUUUACAGUUUAACUUUACAGUCACAAUAGUGAGUUCAGUCAAACAGUGAAGUGGUCCAAACUAUGACUAAGAAACACAGAUUAUCAAUACUACUUAAUACACGAAAAGCACGCUGAGGAUAUGCGGCUUUAUCCUAAAACUAUGUGGCGUUUCGGUAUCAGGCGAGUUCAGACAGUUUCAGAAUGAAUUAUGAUUCUCAACUUGAUCCACGUAAACCUUUUCAGACAUGUGACCAUUAGUGUAGCGGACUGUACAACUGAUUGGACACAAACAAGUAUUUGUAAAAAAAAAAAAAAAAAAAGAUGUCACCAACUGUUGAUCUUUAAGGCGGAGGUUUGUCGGCAGACAGCGGAUUGUUAAUAAAGGAGCGAAUCCUACUGGGACGUCCCGGUUUAUAGCGACUCAGCAUUGUUUCUCUGCUCACAGGCAGCAGACGCUCAUCGGAGGUGCUACCAAAACGAGACCAUUUGCAAGCUUUAAGAGUUGUUUUUACAACUUUUCAUAUUUAUAACUAACAAAAUUCCCAUCAGUCAAAGUAACAUUGCUUACUGACUUCAGCAACACAAGGCUCCGUUUUAUCUUAAGCGCAUUAUUUGGAGGUGAAAACAAAUCAGAUUGUUGCAACAGCAGUGGACACGGUUCUGCAUUCAAGUAGCUCUUUAGGGCAAAGCACCAUUCUAAUGACAUGUAUGUGUGUACGUAUACAUCUCUAUAUGUAGACCCAGGUUGGUGAUGGAUACAGCUGGGUGAGUAGAAAGAUUAGCAUCUAAAGAAAAAGACAAUAACCAGGUGGUACAGAAGCACAUUUGUUGGGUUCGUAAGCAGCAGAGACCUCGAUGUUCGGUCGUCUCAUCGCCGCAGGAAACGCCAGCUUUGGGGUCAAAAGGCAAAACACCAUAAUCAAAGUUAGCAUUUCAACGUGACAUUUUGUUUACAAUAUUGUGUCUGUUUUUUUGUUUUUUUUUGCAACAUCUGUCAAUCCAACGCUGGUUAAACACGGAUGCCGACAGGAUGCGAGAUGGCGGAGCCAUUUAAACAAUUGUAUAGCCGAUUCUUUGUGAAAUCCACAGAAGGAAUCUGCUACAAAAAUACAAACUCAACACUAAUGAUCCAUGUUAUCUUAUAUAGGACUGUGCUUUUCGAGAAGAUACAUGUAGGUACUGGUCCAUUUAUUUUUUUAUAUUACUGUACAUGGACAUGCGGCAUGUGUAGACCUUGUGUAUUUUGGUUCAUUUGAAAUUCUUACGGCUUUGAUGAAACCAAGUUUUGCAUAUUUGUAACAGGCAUUAAUGUACACAGUGUACGUGUGUAAUCCACCAGGCCACGGCAGCUACGUGUGAGGAAAAGGCCUUUGCUGGUUGUAUUGUGGAGCGCUGGGCUCUGGAUCGGCGAGGAGUCGGGGUCCACAACACACAUCUGGUUUUAUUAUUUGUUCCUUUGAAAACCGCACAGAACAUUUGGUGUUUGCAGACUGUGUUUUUGACUGGAAAUGUGCUUUUAUGUCAGCAGGAAUCUCCCCUUUAAGAACUGUUUUUAUAUCCUCCAAUUCAUCGAAUGAAAGCACAAGUUUAUUUUAAGGUACUUCCAGUUGAACUUGAUUUUAAUUAAAGAUACAAUAUAAGUAUUACGCUAAUUAUUUACUGAUUUAAAGAAGAAAACUAAUACUGAACCAAAAGAAUUUGACAGUUUUCGGGUACAAAGUACUCGAUUGUUAAGGAAAUGAUUAUUGUUUCCUCCAGCUCACUGCUGAUGGUUGAAACCUCGCGGGCUCACAGAGUGGACAUAUGUCUGGACUGUGAUGACAAAUUAUGCCUUUGGUUGAUUUUCAUUCAUUUGAAAGCUACAGAAGCCAGUUCAGAACCUCCAGGCCCUGAGCCAGGAGGAAAUUUGGGGGCACCAGUGUGCUCCUUACAAAUUAAUUUAGUUUCUUUUACAUCUCGUUUGACAAACAUCAACAGUUCACAGUGUUUUCAUUUUUCUUGUUUUCAACAUGUUGAUAUUGUACAGUUUAUGUAUGUGUAAUGUAUCAUGGAUUAAAGGGUCGAAUCAGUUGAAAUGAUCACAGCAGCACUCGGAAGGAUUUGAAUAAAUCAUCUUAGUGGGUUAAAAUGUCCGCGUGGGACUGCAGAGCUCUCAAACUGCUCAAGACUACAUUAAUACCGGAGAUUCUGAGAUAAAACGUGUUGUACAAUAAUUUCCACCUCUUGCAAUUCACGCAUGUUGUGCUGGUGCUGAAAAAAAACAGCAACAUAUUAAUAAUCUCUCUUUUCUUUGUUUAAUUACAUCGUUCCAACCAAACCAAAAGUGUUUAAUGUCUGUGCCAGAGCGAUUUAUACCCACGGGCCGCACCUGUGCAUGAAACCGAUUGAUAUCCGUGUGUGUAAAAGUAUAUAGAGACAUUCUAGAACCGUUAUAAUAAUGUUUUUUCUAACUUUUAAUGUGAUCAGUUUCUAUAUUGCCACUUUUACAAGUUAUCAAUUUGAAAAUGCCGCGUCUUGUAUAGCAUCUCGUUGACGACGUCAACAUGCGAUGCGUUGUGUAGCGUUCGUUUCAACGUUGUCACAGUAUAAAACUGUACCAGCCCUUUAUUGUAAAAUGCUGUUAUUCUGACAUUACAUCCUUCUUUUGUAAACACUUGUAAUAUUGCAAUAAACUACUCUUGAAGAUUGUUAUGAA